AUGUCCUUCGCAUCCAACACAUCCAGAAAGCUGGCCCAGUCAACAGUGGCAAAGCUCUUCGAAAAUGUGCUUCCAAACUCCACCUUGGCCGUGCCCGCGGACGACACCCAUCUUUCCUCCACACAACUUCUUUCCAGACAGUUGAACACCAAAGUGACCAAGUCCAAGAAGAAAAGCGCUAAGUCAUCCCAGAAAAUCAAAAAACAAAUGGAGCAAGACAAGAAAUUCAACAAAAUGAUCAAGUAUAACAUCAUCAAAGGCCACGAGGACCACUCGCCCGAAGAACUCAAGUACUUGGCCAAAUUGCGCAGGAAAAACAUCAACCAGAUAAAUAACGUGUCCAACAUAGACGAUGAGGACAUUCUGCACGAGUUGGACGAGUUGAGGUCGUCAUUAUUGGACAAUGAGUUGAUUUCCAAGCAGCCCAAGAAGAGAUUGAGAGGAAAGUACGUGGGAGAGACCAGACACGCCAAAUACCAAGACUUUGACAGCAAGAUCAAGAGAGGCUUGAUUUCGUACCCAGGUUUGACUCCAGGCUUGGCCCCUGUGGACUACAACGAGAGUGAUAGCGAGUAG